AUGCCCUGCGUACUCCCGCCAGAGCUCCUCACGCACAUCGUCGCGCAGCUCGACCCCGAUCACGAUGACGCAAGGGCCGCGCUCCUGGCUACCGCCGCCGCGUCCCGCGCCAUGACCUACCUGUGUCAGGAGCGGCUCUACCGGACCGCCAACGUCCGCACGGACCGCCUGCCUUCGACAAACGCGCAUUUCGCAGCGUUCCCACAUCUCGCGGCGCACGUGGUGGAGGUGCAGCUAGAAUACGCGGAAGCCAGUGAGUGCGAUCUGCUGGAUGUUCUGUUGGCACGAUUCAGCAACGUCCGGGUGUUCAGCGUCAAGGGGCAAGGUAGGUGGAGCACUAUCGAGGAGAAGUUUGGAGCAGCGGUCGAGGAGCGAUGGAGACACGGCGGCUUGCGGCGCGUCAGCCUCUGCGGCUUCCGUGAAGUACCGGCGGAGGUGUUGAUGUUGUUCUGGGGUGCGAGUCGCGAUGUGACGCUGUUUGACGUGACCGUCGCGCUGGAAGAAGAAGACGAUCAUAUUGCUGCAGAGACGAUCAAUCCGAUCAGCCGCCUAGCGACGAGCGUGCCCACCCUCCACCCUCCGCUGCUGCGUGUUCUCCUUCCGCACGCCGCCGCGCUGCGCAGCCUCACCAUCACUGACCUCGGCCUCGCGCCGACCGCUUUGAUCGGACCGCUCCUCUGCAUCACGGCUAACACGCUCACGCAUCUCUCCCUGACACUCUCGCCCCACGCCCCACCCUCAGGCUGCCGCUCCGAGUCCCCCAUCCUCCUCCCGUUUCUCCCGCAGCUCUUCAGUCUCUCGCUGCACUUCUCCUUCCCCGACCCGCGCGUGUGCAACGCGCCUGAGUCGCACCCGCCGCCGCCGCUUCUCCUCGCGCUGCUGGCCGCGCUCCUCCUCGGCACGCCCGCGCUUCGCCGGCUCGUCCUCCGGCCCGCAGUCCCCGUGUGCACCGAGUGCCGCACGCACGUGCCUCCCGUGGGUGGGGCGCUGGGCGAGCUGGACGCGCUGGUGGCGGGGUAUAUCGGGAUGUGCCCCGCGCCGGUGUCGACGAGGAAGGCGUGCUGGGUGCCGCGGUUCGUCUAUGCGGAUGGGGAGCGGACGGGGGAGGAGGUGGAUUUGGGGGAGUAUAGCGCGGCGAUGUGCGGUGCGAUGCCGUGGGCGAUGAAGCUGGGGAUGCGUGUCCUAGCGGACUCGGAUGGUUAG